AUGUCAGAAGCUAUUUCCGUUGGUGGUCUGCAGGUUGCUAAGCCGCUUUACGAUCUUGUGAAAAAGGAGGUCGUACCCGAUACCGGCAUUGGCGUCGAACAGGUUUGGUCCCGUUUCGGCAAGAUCCUAGAGCAAAUGGCUCCACGUAAUGCUCAGUUGCUGGCACGCCGUGACCAGUUGCAGCAACAACUUGACCAAUGGCAUGUGGAGCGAGCCGGGAAGCCGCAUGACGGCGCCGAGUAUCGCGAGUUUCUGCAAAGCAUCGACUACUUGGUAAAAGAGCAAGCGCCAUUUUCAAUCUCCACCGAGAACGUUGAUCUCGAGAUUUCAGCUCAGGCUGGUCCGCAACUCGUGGUACCAGUGAAGAAUGCUCGGUUCGCUCUGAAUGCGGCCAACGCGCGCUGGGGCAGUUUGUAUGACGCGCUAUACGGCACCAAUGUUAUUGGCGACGAUGAUGGCGCCGCCGCGGGCGCGCAGUACAACCCAGUACGAGGCGCUCGAGUAGUUGACUUCGCCCGAGGUGUACUGGAUACGGUUGCGCCGCUGGCGUCCGGUAGUUUUGGAGAGGCCUCGCAACUAGUGGUGGUCGACGGUCAGUUGCGAGUUGAAUCAGCAGACGGCUCAGUCACCGGCUUGAGCGAGCCCGCUAAGUUCGUCGGCUAUCGCGGGGAACCAGCCGCGCCCACGGCUAUUUUGCUGCGUAAUCAUGGUCUGCAUGUCGAAAUUCAGAUUGACCGCGAGCAUGCGAUCGGGGCGACAGAUGGCGCCGGGAUCAAGGAUGUUGUGAUGGAAGCAGCGGUUACCACAAUCAUGGAUUGUGAAGACUCGGUCGCUGCAGUGGACGCUGAAGAUAAGGUCGAAGUGUAUCGCAACUGGCUCGGCCUGAUGAAGGGCGAUCUUGAAGAGAGUUUUGAGAAGGGAGGUCGAACGGUGACGCGGAAACUGUCGUCGGAUCGACGCUACUUUGCGCCCGAUGGUAGUCGCUUCAAGUUACCCGGCCGAAGUCUGUUACUGGUGCGCAACACGGGUCAUCUGAUGACCACCGAUGCGGUGUUAGACCAAAAUGGUGAGGCCGUCCCAGAGGGACUGCUCGACGCCAUGAUGACAGGGGCUGCAGCGUUGCAUGAUCUAACAGAUGAGGCCAGAAGAAAUUCGAGGACAGGCUCGGUUUACGUGGUCAAACCAAAGAUGCAUGGACCGGAGGAAGUGGCUUUUUGCUGCGAGUGUUUCGACCGCGUUGAAGAUGCCUUGGGAAUGCAACGUAACACAAUCAAGCUGGGCAUCAUGGAUGAGGAGCGACGUACAACGCUGAAUUUGGCGGAGUGUAUUCGGCCCUGCUGCUCAGCGACUGUGUGUGUUUUCAUCAAUACUGGUUUUCUGGAUCGCACCGGCGAUGAGAUUCACACUAGCAUGAUGGCUGGACCCAUGGUGCGUAAGAAUGCGAUCAAAAACCAACCAUGGAUAGCCGCCUACGAAGACUGGAACGUUGAUGUUGGUUUGGCCUGCGGAUUGUCGGGCAGGGCGCAGAUAGGAAAGGGAUGUGGGCAAUGCUGAUGAGAUGGCUGCCAUGCUUGAGCAGAAAUCGCUCAUCCACAGUCUGGAGCGAAUACCGCGUGGGUACCAUCACCAACCGGCGCAGUACUGCACGCCAUUCACUACCAUCAGGUUGAUGUGUUCGCUCGGCAAGAGGUCUUGAGUGGUCGUAAAAAGGCGGGUCUCGACCAGCUACUGGAAAUUCCGUUGCAGCAAGAUCCUUCGCUGUUAAGUGCCGAAGAGAUUCAAGCCGAACUGGACAAUAAUGCUCAGGGUAUCCUUGGCUAUGUCGUUCGCUGGAUAGAUAGGGGGAUUGGUUGUUCGAAGGUUCCGGAUAUUGAUGAUGUCGGGUUGAUGGAAGACCGGGCAACGCUUCGAAUCUCGAGUCAACAUUUGGCCAAUUGGCUGGAGCAUGGCAUUUGCGAUCGUGAGCAAGUGAUGGCGACAAUGCAGCGAAUGGCCAAAGUAGUUGACGCCCAGAACACAGGUGAUCCGGACUACCAACCAAUGGCCUCAGGCUUCCGCGACAGCAUCGCUUUUGACGCGGCAUGCGCGCUGGUAUUUCAGGCAACCAAGCAGCCCAAUGGGUAUACCGAGCCAUUGUUGCAUGAGUUUCGCAGACACAAGAAACAAGAAGCGGAAUAA